UCCAGUCCCAGCACGGAGACGAGAGCGGUACGACUAUCAGAUAUGAAGUCGCACAGCGGUUCGGAAAUGUGGGAUUGAUACCAAUGACGAUGGCGGCAUGUCUGCUCGCUGAUUGGACAGAGCCGAUGCCGGCGACUGUGGGGCAGCCUUCACAAAAAAAGUUGGGCGGCGUCGGCUCAUGGAGGGGCAUGUCGCCGAAGCAGACUCGGACACGAAGCGCAAUUAAUUCUACGGGGUUUGGAGUCAGAGGCGCAUCAUUUGUGCUGUAUUGAAGAAUUGACCCCUUCUUCAGGUUUUCCGCCUCUUCUGCCAAAGACACACUCUUCAAUUCCUCUACUAGCAGCGCUGCGACCGCCCUGCGUCAACACCCAUGGCCGAAGAGAAACCCCAUUGCAAGGUCGUACUUGCAAACAACAUUGCUAAGAGCCUCCUGGAAGAGGUCCACGAAGGCCUGAAGAAGAUUCCGCACAAACCGAAGCUUGUCGGAUUCCUAGCGAGCGCAGACCCCGCCGCGCGAGUCUAUGCGGAAUGGACGGGAAAGACAUGCCAUGAGAAUGGCUUUGUCUUCGAAUUGCGCGAGGUCGACCGUGAAGAGCUUGAAGACGCAAUCCUCGAUGCGAACUCCGAUCCCGCCGUCGACGGCAUCAUCGUCUACUAUCCCAUCUUUGGCUCCCGCCAGGACCAAUACCUCCAACAGAUUGUGUCCAUCGACAAGGAUGUCGAGGGCCUGUCACAUCGCUACAUCUUCAACAUGUACCAGAAUAUCCGCUUCCUGGACCUGCAGAAUACAAAGAAGAGUAUCCUGCCUUGCACACCGCUGGCUGUGAUCAAGAUCCUGGAAUACCUCAGGAUAUACAAUACGAUCCUUCCCUACGGAAACAGGCUUCAUGGGCGCACAGUGACGGUGAUCAAUAGGAGCGAGGUGGUAGGUAGACCACUCGCAGCGCUACUGGCCAAUGACGGCGCAUGUGUAUACAGUGUGGACAUCAACGAUGUGCAACAAUUCACUCGAGGCCAAGGAUUACGGAAGCGACGCCAUGAGGUCGUAGAAAAACCGGGUUGGACUUUGGAGGACUGCCUGCCCAUCAGCGAUGUGGUCAUCAGUGGUGUCCCAGGAGACAAGUACAAAGUGCCGCAGCACCUGCUCAGGGACGGCGCCGUGUGCAUCAACUUCUCGAGCGAGAGGAACUUCAAUCCGGAUGUGAAGGAGAAGGCGAGCAUCUAUGUCCCUGCCAUUGGCAAGGUGACCAUUGUGGUGCUCUUGAGGAAUCUCUUGCGCAUCGUGCAAAACCGGCUCGAAGCUGAGGCAGAGGCGAAGGAGGGCAAGAUGCACGACGACGCAGUGCAGACGACUGAAUAGACCGGUUCCAGCGCGAUAAGCAACCUGCACCGAGGAAUGAAUACCUCAAGUAUAAUGAUACCCCUAGAUAAACGGCGGCCGUUUUGAAUAAGAGUCGAAUAGAGCAAUCCCUGAGCAAUCUGUUGUACACGGUAAUAGAAAGAAGAUCGCAUAUCGGAUACUGUUCGCAACAUGAAUUUGGACAACCUAGUCAGAAAGCCCUUUUGACUGACCAGAACCAUUCCCUCUCAUAGAAACAGGGGUACAAACUACUCGCGCAG